AAGGUCACGGACAAGAUGGUUCCCCCAGUUCAGGUCUCUCCGCUCAUCAAGCUCUGCCAAUACUCAGCCCUGGUCCUUGGCAUGGCCUACGGCGCCAAGUGCUAUAGUUACCUAAAACCCCGGGCAGAGGAGGAGAGGAGGGUGGCAGCGGAGGAAAAGAAGAGACUAGAUGAGCUGAAACGGAUUGAGAGAGAACUGGCAGAAGCUCAAGAUGACAGCAUACUCAAGCGACGGGCCAGUGAGCUUGCCUUUUCUUUAGUCGCUGAGGAUGAAUAAAGCUUUGUUGUGUGAAAAAA